UCCCAGAAUUCAUGGUUUUAAAGGGCCAGAAAGGAAACUGAAAGCUUCAUUCAAUAGUAUAAAAGUAGAAGCUCUAGCUCAGAAACCUUCAGUUGUCAGACAUCCUUUGCAACAGAAGGUGUUAGGAGGAGGAGAGAGUUCCUUAUCAGCCAGAAUCAGCCUCUACAUCGACCACAUCGAGCAGACAUGGCUCACCAGGGUGAUCUCAAGCUCCUUUUCUGCAUCUUCUUCGUCAUCUGCUGCAGCACAGCAACCUUGUCGCAGAUCGCCAUCGACUGCUGCUUGUCGGUGUCAAACAAAGAAAUUGAUAAAAGGCUGAUAGUAGACUACAGUGAACAGCCCAGAGGCUGCUCCAUUGGUGCGACGAUUUUGGUGACCCGACUCGGGAAGCAACUCUGCGCCCCAACGAAGGACGAGCAGUGGGUGCAAAACACGAUCAAGCACGUGGAUCACCUGAAACAAAAGUGCAAAAAGGGGAACUACAAGGGCAGACGCUGCUUCGGAGUGAAGCAUGAAUAGAACAGCUUCUGCAUCCCAGCGAACACGAAAUCCCAGAGGAAGAAAUCCAGCUACGCAAAAAGAGCCUUUUGUAGUUUUAUUUCCUCUUUUUGUCCUCCGUAAAAAAA